AGCUUUGAGAACACACAUGCUAUCUCUGACCAUCUGAGAGCUGGUGAAACAGGUUUGCCUGCAUUUCCUGCUGCGUUCCCUCCCUCUGGAGCAGAUCUCGCUUAAGCGCUUGCUCUGGACUGUUUUGCUUCUUUAGUUUCUCCUACUCAAUGGAGGCUCUUGAUUCUUCUACCUUCAAAAGCAGAUCAGGCACCCUGGCUACUUUUAGAGACCUGCUGCAGACGUCUCUGCCCAUGGAGCAGAUACACCUGCGGUUAACCAGCGAGGAUGAUCCAGACCCGGAUCCAAGCAGUGGUUCUUAUGAGGAAAAAGAAGAAUUCCUUAACAAUGAUGAGGAGUCCUUCGGUCCAGAACUGUCCACUGUAAAUGAAGAGAAGGAGCAGUCAGAAGUGGUGAAGGACAGUGACAGUUUCAGUACGACAGAUGAAGCAGAUGGGCUCGAGCAGUUAACCCUGGACUCUGGUUCAGAACCUCCUCUAAACAAGCCCAUCCGAUCGUACUUAGACGAAACAUUACCGGACCUGCUGAGGAGUGGGAGCCCCCUCCGCAGACGAGUGUCUAGCCCAGUGUCGAACACACUGAAGCAGGUGCGUAGGGAGGUGGAGCUGUCUCGGCGCAGAAGUCUGAAGAUAAAAGCUCAGGUGGAUAAACUGCAGGAGCAGAGUCAGGACGGACUGGCCUGGAGUCAGCAGAAAGAACGGGUGACAGAAGACAUUCAGUCCAUAGUGAAGCUGCUGCUGCCUCUGACUGAUCUGAAGAGCAUCACCUCCCUCUCUCAGGGCAGCACUCUGGAUACUGCGCUGCUGCAGCUGCAGAACGUGGCCCGCACACUCGCUCUCAACCACACGGAUCACAAAAAGGCAAAAGAUGGGAAGGCAAACAACGAUGCAGUCAUACUACAACAAGCCCUGCGAGACCGAGAUGAGGCCCUUGAAAAGAAAAAAGCGAUGGAGACAGAACUCCUGAAAAGUAAGACAGAACUGAUGAUGCUGAAUAAUCAGCUGCUGGAGGCAGUGCAGCGACGGCUGGAGAUGGCCAUCGAGCUGGAGGCCUGGAAGGAUGAUAUGCAGGCCAUCAUCCAGCACCAGCUCCAGCAGCAGCAGCUGGCAGAACAGACCCAGAAAAAGUCCAAAGGCUUCGGAGGACUGCGACGCUCCAAACCGCAGCCCAGCCCAGUCCAGCCUCCAGCCCCAAGCCAAGCGACCACCACCUCCAUCUCCCAGUUACCCAACACGCCUGUGGCCCAGCGCUGGAAAGAGCGCCUGCAGCGAAGACGCACCACCUCCAGUCCUGCUGAGCAGCAAACUAACAGCAGUUUCUUAGAGCCUCAGUCUCCAGGAAUCAGCAGCAGCAGAAAAAUCAGGGAGGACAGCUUUCAAACAGUGUCUCUGGACUGAAGAUAAAGUAGAUGAAGUGCACAAUGAUUCUAUUCACGCACUGUUCACAAAUGUGUUCUUUUGCAGCAACUUUGGAAAAACUAUGCCAUUUAAUCAAAUUAUAUAGACCUUAUAUAAUAUUUGUCAUAAAUAGAUUAUUGUUUAAGGCUGCUAAAUAAGGUUGAUUAAGGCUGUAGUUUAAAACACUAAGCUAGUAAGAUAGUUAGUUUAUAGAUAGUUUUAUAUAUAUAUUUAAGCACACAACAAAGCGAAAGACUUUGCCAUCUCUUCAGCAAAGUAACUGCACAAUGCCAGGAGGACAGCAUCUUGGAAGGUUCAGGAAUAAUUCUAAAAAAAAUUAUAAAUUACAGUUCUCACAAUGCUAAAAAAAAAAAAAAAAAAAAAAAAAAAAAAAAAAAAGCUAGGCUAUAUGUGAGGCUUCUGUGUGAGCCAUGGCAUUGCCCUAAACCAGCCAAUCAGGAAUGACCUCAUCAAAUUAUUCAUAAAGGCCACCACAAAUGUAAAUGAGCUUUUUAAUUCUGAGGAAAUAUCAUAGGUAAGAAAAAACUAAUAAAUCAAAGUAUUGUAAUGUUAUGUUUUGCAAUAGUGUAUCAAUCCUCAAAAACACAGUAUUUUUCAUUAUUUAACAGUUUAUGGGCAAGAAUUAGCAUCAGACAGUGUUUUUUUUAUGUUGUAUUUAAUCCUUGACUGUAAGAUAGCAGUGUUAUACCUUCUGUAUCUUCAGAUCCCACUGUUUUUACUUGAUAAAAAGUUUACUUUUUCUUUUUUACAAAACAUCAGUUUUCCUAAAAUGUAUUAUUUUAAAUAACUCUAAAAUCUUGCUUACAGUAUUGCAAUAUAUCACAAUAUACUGAAUUGAAAAAGUAGGGCUUAAAUUGUGUUAAG